AUGAAAGUCAAUAUUUUAUUAUUAUACACGUUUUUCUCUUCCUUUUACCUGCUCUUUUUCUACUUCCUCCUUGUUUUAUCUGCUACCACUUCUUUUUCUCUUUUCUUUCCUUCAUCUCUUUCCUUUUCUUCCUUUCACUUAAUUGUUUUUCAUACAAUGCACCAUCCUCAUUUCUUUGUUCCACUCUUUUUUUACCUUCUUUUGUUCAUUUUCAUUUGCUUUCUUGUUUUUUACUUUCUUUCAUUGACUUGUUUUUUUUACCCUUUCUUGUUUGAUAGCUUUCUUUACCUUUUUUCAUUUGCUUGUUUUUUUCCUUCUUUUAUUUGCUUGUUUUAUCUUUCCUUACUUUUUUUGCUUGCUUUUUUUUGGCUACUUUCAUUUGCUUGCUUUUUUUUGGCUACUUUCAUUUGCUUGCUUUUUUUGCCUUCUUUUGUUUCCUUGCUUUUUUUGCCUUCUUUCGUUUGCUUGCUUUUUUCGCCUUCUUUCUUUUGCUCACUUUUUCACCUUCUUUCAUUUAUUUGUGUUUUUUAUGCUUCAUUUCUUUCUUUUUUUCACCUUCUUUUGUUAGCUUUCUUUUUUUCACCUUCUUUUGUUAGCUUUCUUUUUUUCACCUUCUUUUCUUUCUUUUUUUCACCUUCUUUUGUUAGCUUUCUUUUUUUCACCUCCAUUUCAUUUACUUGCUUUUUUUCACCUUCUUUUGUUAGCUUUCUUUUUUUCACCUCCAUUUCAUUUACUUGCUUUUUUUCACCUUCUUUUGUGUGCUCACUUUUUUCGCAUUCUUUCAUUUGCUCGCUUUUGCCUUCUUUCAUUUGUUUUCUUUUUUUGUCUUCUUUCAUUUGCUUGCUUUUUUCACCUUUCAUUUGGUUGCUUUUUUUGCCUUUCAUUUAUUUGAUCUUUUUAGGUUUUUUGUUUACUUGCUUUUUUUCCGCUUCUUUCAUCUAUUUGCUUUUUUCUGCUUCUUUUAUUUACUUGCCUUUCUUCACCUUAUUUUGUUUACUUUUUUUUGUGUUCCUUCAUUUGCUUGCUUUUCUAAUGUUACAUUCACUUUGUUCUACAGAUUAUUUUGUGGUGCUAUUAUCACCAUGUGAACUGGACCCAACCAUGAAGAUGCUGUUGCAAGUACCACUGUGGGCACAAAGAGUCAUCUACAUCCAGGGAUCAGCCUUGAAAGACUCUGAUCUUGCUAGAUGCAGAAUGCAAGAUGCUGAAGCCUGUAUGAUACUAGCAGCCAGAAAUUAUGCAGAUAAAAAUGCAGCUGAUCAACAUACAAUCCUUCGAUCAUGGGCUGUAAAAGACUUUGCACCAUCUUGCCCAUUGUACGUCCAGAUUUUCCGACCAGAAAAUAAAUUUCACGUCAAAUUUGCAGAACACAUAGUUUGUGAAGACGAAUUCAAAUAUGCCCUUCUUGCCAAUAACUGCCUUUGUCCAGGGACAUCAACAUUUGUGACCCUCUUGUUGCAUACAUCUCGAGGCUUAUAUGGAGUAAGUCUUGUUGGCAUUCAACAAGACAUUCCCAAUUCAACCAUUCAACUAAAUCCAGGUCCUCGCCACAUAAUGAGAGGCUCAGAUACGUGCUUCUACAUGAAUAUAACCAAAGAAGAAAACUCAGCAUUUAUACUGGCCCACCCAAAUCAAGAAGAUACCAAAGGUGAAAAAACUCGUCUUCCCCAGGGGGCAGAACAAGCCUCCCGGGUCGCUAGCAUGAUAGCUAGUGUUGGUACAGUGGCCUUAGAGCUCCAGCAUACGAAAGUUAAUUCUCCAGGGUCAGGCUUAAGUCGCCAGAAUAGUAAACGUCACACAAUUGAUAUGCCAAAAGAGUUAAACAUUCAGAGUCUUCAGAAGCGUCCUAGCAUUGCUCCAGUUCCAGCCGUUUUAGACGCCUUCAAUAUUGAUUUGAAAGUGGUCCAGACUGAUAGUGAAGGAGAGGAGAAUGAAAAUGAGAGUGUGGAGAAAACAGAAGUUAAUGGAAUAUGGAACAGCAGUAGGCAAUUAGAGCCCGACACAAGUUUCUUAGAGACGAUAUGUUACUUUCCUCUGGUUUAUUGGAUGAUUGGAUCUAUAGAGUGCCUUGAUGAUCUACUGCGGGCUGGCAUCAACCUGGCAGAUAAUGUUGUGAUAGUUAACAAAGAGAGUUCAAAUUCUGCAGAGGAAGACACAUUGGCAGAUUGUAACACAAUUGUAGCUGUACAGACAAUAUUUAGGUAA